AUGGAUAGAUGCAUGGAAACUGGAUUACAACCCCUGACGCAAGCCACUUCCGCCGCUGCUCUCGAUUUCGAUCUCGAUCGAUCAAAUAGCAAGUACUUGAAGGGUGCAGUCCAGUCUCUCUUUUCUCUCAAAAGAAAGGCUAUCAUGAUUACCGGUGGUGCCCGUGGGAUCGGGCUGGCAUUUGGUCUUGCUGUUGCUGAAGCUGUGGCAAAUGUUGCCAUCCUUGACGUCCUGGAGACACCACACGAGCACCUUGCGAAGCUCGGAUUGACUACGGCGCGAAGGCCAAAAUCUACAAGUCUGCAUUUGCUCACCCCUCUAAUGGUGCUUUCUCUCUCUGAUAUUUCCUUCCACUUCUACAGGACUGGUGUCACGAAGUUUGAUGUCUUGAAAGCCCUUUUCGCUGGAAUUUGUUACUGCCGCAGGAAUCUGGCCUGGUCGGCCCCUUCCUCUAGAGAACCCCGGACGCAAACCGAGAUGAGGCCCAGGGAUGGAUCAAUCGUGCUGAUUGCCUCGGCCACCGCCUACCAAGCAAGCAAAGCUCAAUACCUCGCCGAUUAUUGCUCAAGCAAGGGCGCCGUUAUACUUUGGCCAGAGAACUGGGUGAAGAGCUAG